GCGUCCCGGAGACGCUGCCGCGCGCGUUCGCACGUUCCGAGGCGACCGGCUCCGGUUGAGGGCUGGCGCGUCGAUCCCGCAGCCCGGGCCCCGCCUGGCGCGGACGGCUACAGACUGGUCCCGGGGACUGAGCGGAGGGCCGGCCGCGGCGACCGGCGCCCUGCUCGGUUUUUGUAGGGGUCUUGUUACUUGUGACCACAAUGAAAAACGUAGAAAGUGAUGAUUUGGUGACUGGCACCCUUCCCAGGCUCAAGAGCACCAGAGAACGGUUGGAGCCCGGGUCGCUUUCUUUUAUGGAGGCCUUAGCUAAAGAGGAUACAGAUGCAGCUAUUCAAUUAAUAUUACAUAGAGAAAAUCAUGUAAUUAAGGACCUAGAUAGGUACUUACAACAUCAUGACUUCCUGAGUACAAGAAGAAAGGAGAUAUUACACAGAAGAUGGGCUCACCUUGUGGCAGACCCUCUCCACAAGGAAAUUCUAGACAAAGUGUGUUCAUAUAAGAAGAUUAAGACAAGGAGACAAGAAGAAUUAGAUGGUUUUUUAAAAUACGGAAAUAAAAAGGGAAAUGUUUUUAUAGAGCAUUAUGAUCCAAAAGAAUAUGAUCCUUUUUAUAUGAGAAAAGAAGACCCCAACUUCCUGAAGCUUAUCAUUCCACCACUUCAUGAUCCUUUGAAGAAAGCACAAUAUGACAAGGAUGAUGAAAAACGAACUCUUCUUCAGUGUGAGACUGGCAAACUAUAUACCAUGAAAGAAUUUAAAGAGGUUGAGAAGGCCCAACUACAUUCCAGAUUCCCAAGAAUUUCUAGUUCAAGGCAUUUUAUGACUCCAAAUGAAUGGCUUAAAAUGCCUACAAGAUACAUAGAAAGUGAAUUUUGUAAAAGGAGCAGGUUAAAAGUAAAAGUGAAUUUCAAUGAUAGUAGUUUUGAUUUGAAACCCUUGCCAAGAGCUCCUUGUCUUCUGGAACCCCAGGAAGCAGGAAAAACAGUUAUCUGCAAAAACAAAGGGCUAUUCUUUCUGGAGGAAGAACUGCUCUGUUAUCAGGAGGGAAAGAACCCAAGUCCUAAAGAGGCCAGCUCUGCACAGUACUUGUCUUCACUGGACCUCAGCAGGGAGGAGAAAGGGCUGAAAUCCAGGUCAAGGUUUCCGCAAGCAAGGACCAUAUAUCCUGAUAUCUUCCCUGUGAAAGGGGACCCAAAAGAAGGCUGCUUCCAGGGAAGUGAUCCUGCUAGCAGGAAUCAUUCAGGGUAGGGCUGAGAAGGCACUCAGGAAGUGUUCCGUCUCUAAGAAACACCAUCUUCAGUAAACCAUUUAGUUCUUGAGUCUAGUGCCUGUGCUAGUUAGAAAAUAGCAAUACCA